AUGUCAGCCUCUUUCUGGCACCUUCUCAGCCUUGUUGCAGCAGCUGCUGCUCAGGCCACCACUGAAGAUUUGGCCGGGACCUUUCUGGAGAAGUUUAACCAAGAAGCCGAAAACCUGUCUUAUCAAAGUUCACUUGCUUCUUGGGAUUAUAACACCAAUAUUACCGACGAGAAUGCUCAAAAGAUGAAUGAUGCUGGGGCCAGAUGGUCUUCCUUUUAUGAAGAACAGUCCAAUAUUGCCAAAAGUUUUUCAUUGGAAGAAAUUUCAAAUUCCACAAUCAAGCUUCAGUUGCAGGUCCUUCAGCAGAGUGGGUCAUCGGUGCUACCAGAGGACAAGAGCAAACGGUUGGACACAAUUCUAAAUGCAAUGAGCAAAAUCUACAGUACUGGAAAAGCUUGUAAUCCAAAUACACAGGAGUGUUUGCUUCUUGAACCAGGUUUGGAUCGCAUCAUGGAAAACAGCACAGACUAUGACGAGAGGCUCUGGGCUUGGGAAGGCUGGAGGUCUGAGGUUGGCAGACAGCUGCGGCCAUUGUAUGAAGAGUAUGUGGACUUGAAAAAUGAGAUGGCAAGAGGCAACGGUUUUGAGGACUAUGGAGAUUAUUGGAGAGGAGAUUAUGAAACAUAUGACUAUGGCCGCAACCAGUUGAUUGAAGAUGUGGAACGCACUUUUGCACAGAUUAAACCAUUAUAUGAACAGCUGCAUGCCUAUGUGAGGGCAAAGUUGAUAGAUGUCUACCCUAACCGAAUCAGCCCGACUGGAUACCUCCCUGCCCAUUUGCUUGGUGAUAUGUGGGGUAGAUUUUGGACAAAUCUAUACUCUUUGACAGUCCCCUUUGGACAUAAACCAAACAUUGAUGUUACAAAGGAAAUGGUGCAACAGGGCUGGAAUGCAACGAGGAUAUUCAAGGAGGCUGAGAAGUUCUUUGUGUCUGUUGGUCUCCCUCCCAUGACUCAAGGAUUCUGGGAAAAGUCCAUGCUAACUGAGCCAACUGAUGGCCGGAAAGUGGUCUGCCACCCCACAGCUUGGGAUCUGGGGAAGGGUGACUUCAGGAUCAAGAUGUGCACAAAAGUGACAAUGGAUGACUUCCUGACAGCCCAUCAUGAGAUGGGACACAUCCAGUAUGACAUGGCCUAUGCCAUACAACCCUACCUGCAAAGAAAUGGAGCUAAUGAGGGGUUCCAUGAAGCUGUUGGAGAAAUCAUGUCACUCUCUGCUGCCACACCUGAGCAUUUGAAAGCCAUCGGACUCCUGCCACUUGAUUUUCAAGAGGACCUUGAAACAGAACUGAACUUUCUACUCAAACAAGCACUCACUAUUGUUGGAACUCUGCCCUUUACAUACAUGUUAGAGAAGUGGAGGUGGAUGGUCUUUAAGGGUGAAAUUCCCAAAGAGCAGUGGACGAAAAAGUGGUGGGAGAUGAAGCGAGAGAUAGUUGGAGUCAUGGAACCUGUGCCUCACAAUGAAUCGUACUGUGAUGCUGCAACUCUGUUUCAUGUCGCCAAUGACUACUCAUUCAUCCGAUAUUACACAAGGACCAUUUAUCAAUUCCAGUUUCAAGAAGCCCUUUGUCAAGUGGCUAAACAUGAAGGUCCCCUGUACAAAUGUGACAUCUCAAAUUCCACCGAAGCAGGGAAUAAGUUGCUUAAUAUGCUGAGACUUGGAAAGUCACAACCCUGGACUACAGCACUGGAAAGUGUUGUAGGAACUAAGAACAUGGAUGUAAGACCACUGCUCAACUACUUUGAACCCUUGUUUAUCUGGCUGAAAGAGCAGAACAGGAAUUCUCCUGUGGGAUGGAACACCAGCCAGACUCAAAGUGGGGAUCAAAGCAUCAAAGUGAGGAUAAGCCUAAAAUCCGCUGUUGGAGACAAAGUGUACGAAUGGAAUGACAAUGAAAUGUACUUGUUCCGAUCAUCUAUUGCAUAUGCCAUGAGAGUAUAUUUUUCAGAAGACAAAAAACAGACGAUUCCUUUUAGAGAGGAGGAUGUGCGGGUGAGUGAUUUGAAACCAAGAGUCUCCUUCUACUUCUUCGUCACUUCACCAAAAAACGAGUCUGACAUCAUUCCUAAAACGGAAGUUGAAAAGGCCAUAAGGAUGUCCCGGGGCCGUAUCAACGAUGCUUUCCGCCUGGAUGACAGCAGCCUGGAGUUUGUGGGGAUUCAGCCGACACUGAGACCCCCUUACGAACCACCCGUUGUUAUAUGGCUGAUUAUUUUUGGGGUGGUGAUGGGAGUGGUAGUGAUUGGCAUUGUCCUCCUGAUUUUCACUGGGAUCAGAGAUCGAAGGAAGAAAGCUGAAGCAAGUGGUGAAGAAAAUCCUUAUGCCUCCGUGGAUUUGAGUAAAGGAGAGAAUAACCCAGGAUUCCAAAGCACUGAUGACGUCCAGACCUCCUUUUAG